AUGGUUGCCCUCUAUACGCUCAUGGCCGUUGGGGCUCUGUCCCUGACUGGCCAGGUUUUUGCUACGACCGUGUCACUCCCCUCUUGCCCCUCGCCCUUUACUCCGUUCAGUUAUUCGGGUUGCUAUACGAGCGUGAGCAACCCGGACACACUUCCUUUCCGCGGCGAGGUCCCCCGCGCCAACAUGACGGUCGAGAAGUGCCAGGCCGCGUGCAAGGGGAACGGGUAUAGGUUUGCGGGGCUCGAGUAUUAUGGGGAGUGCAGAUGUGGUUCAUCGAUAGGAGGAUCCAAGGUUGCCGAGUCCGAGUGUGGGCUUGCAUGCACAGGCAACAAAACUCAGGUUUGCGGUGGAAACAACCGCCUCUCUAUAUACGAGGAUCCAACUUUCCCGGCCUCUGCUUCUGUUACCCUCGAUGAUUACAAGACGAUCGGCUGCCAUGUUGCAAAUCCCUCGCUGGGCGGCAAAGCCCUGGCGUACCCAGUGCAGGAUGUCACGGGCCAGCCUUGGGAAAGGGACACUGGUUCGAACGACAAGUGCAUUGCUGGGUGUAUGUCAAAGGGGUUCCCUUAUGCUGGAACCGAAUUUGGAGGCGAAUGCCGGUGUGGCGUUGUCAUCAGCAACGGCACCGUUGCUGCUCCCCCUUCCGAAUGCAAUAUGCCCUGUGGUGGUGCCCCCGACCAGAACUGCGGAGGUCCAUCUCGCAUCAACAUAUUCGUCGCCAAAGGCUUUGAGUCCACCGAGCCUUGUGAUCACCAGCCCCCGAAUUUGCCGGAGACCUCCACGACCGUCUCCUCGACAACAAUACCUGCUACAGUACCUACCGAAACAACCACCAUAGUUGUGCCUACUACAGACGCAGCCACGACCCCGACGCAGCCGCCCACCACGCAGCCGCCCACCACUCAGCCACCCACAACUCUACCACCCCAGACAACUACACCAACUACUUCGAGCGCAGUUUGUGUGAGCACCAUUGUCACUCCUCCCAAGUGCGAAUACAAGUGUGGAAAUUGGUGUUCCGGCGAACUUCCUGACUGGGACGACCAGGAAGGGUGUAAGCAUGGAUACUCGUACUGCAAACUUCAAAUUGCUGCUUGCUUCAAGUAUGCCGGAUUCCCAGGGGCUCUCAAGUGUUUCGAGUUCGCCGCCUGGUGUGGCGCUUGCGGUGACUACUGCAACAAGACUCCCAAGAACAAGUGCUCAAAGCAGGACUGGUUCAAGCAGAAGCCGCCAGCUUGGGGUCCUGGAGAGCCAUCGACAACGACCAUCACGGCUCCCUGUGAGCCUUCAGUCACCAAGCCGACCAAGACGCAGACCACACCGGCCACCACUUCAACCAAGUGCCCCGUGCCUCCGACAGCAACCAAUAUCUGCAAGCAGCCGACCAACAUAUGGCAUGGCUACAAGCCGGGUAAGCCCGUCGGUGGCAUCGAGCUACCCAUGGUGACGUGCAACGACCUCAAGGACGACUGGCACUCGGGCAGGCCGUGGAAGAUGUACACGGAUGUCGACAGCCGCAAGUGCAUGUCCUACCCGCACCCGGCUGUGCCGAACGCCUGCAGGGACGCCUGCAAGGAGCAAUAUGACGACUGCAAGGAUACUUAUGCCGAGGGCUGUAGACAGAUGACGGAGAAUCCCGGUUUCGGCUUCGACCUUGGCUGGCCGUUCAAGAGGAGCUUGGCCGGCAGGACCCUGGGCUGGACCGACACCUGGAAGUCGGCCACGGACAAAUGCCACGCUCAGUACGCCGACUGUCUGGCCGUGAACAAGGAUGCUGCGGCCAAGGGCAAAUGUCACGCCUGGGGUUCUGGUUGGAACGCCUACAUCGUCAACCUACCGGAAAACGCCUCCGAGCUAGCCAAAGUUCUUUUUGACGCGGAUCCAAGACAUAGAAUCUUUCAAGCUAGCCCGCUGGCCACGUUUCUCCGGGUGCCGCUGUCGUGGUACCAGAGCAGCACCUUCCCAUUCUUCGACGACGAGCGCAGCGCCGCCAUCCGCCGGACAUACACGCACCCGGCCCAGCAGGCGUCCAAGCGCAGCUUUUGCGGCUUCUGCGGUACGCCGCUGUCGUACUGGUCCGAGGAUCCGCCCAGCGAGGCAGACUUUAUCCGCUUGACGCUGGGGAGCCUGUGUCACGAGGACCUCGGCGACCUCGAGGAGCUCGGCCUGAUCCCUGGGUCGGACGAUGAGGCAUCGGAAACAGGCGCCGCCACCGAGCAGGAGGGUGCCGGGCGCGAGAUGGAGGACGAUGCGGAAGGGAGCAAAACCAAUGAAAGGAACAACAACAAUAACAACGUGAUCGCGCCUCAGGAGACGUUUAGCAUCCCCUGGUUCGACAGCUUGGUGGCCGGGAGCAGACUGAGCAGACUGCGCACGACCAAGGUUAGCGGCCAGACUACGAGUGGUUCGGUCAAGUACGAGUGGGAGGUUGUGGAGUGGUCGGGCGGCGAUGCAAAUCAAGGACCAUCGCCCGGGUAUGGCCUUCCGAGCCCAUCGAAGCGGCAAAAGCAGAAUAUUGAAGAGACAGUACCGUUGCGGCAGUGA